GUAGCAAAUGGAGGUGUGGAUGUGAUACGACACUGUGCAGACGCUGAAGUUUUCGCUUUGAUGCAGCUCGUGCGGAACAAAAUGUGAUGCUGAGAAAGAAGGCGCCUCGCAUGCGUCGUGGUCAAUGUACGGCUUGUUUUACCCAUACGGCAUGAUGUUACCGCGACUACCUUUGGGUCUCAGGGGUAGGCCCCGAACUCAUUAUUUUUUACCAAAACUCCGCACUCUUCAAGAACUCUGCGAACGGGUUCUCGUAUCGAAGCUCUCCCUACGCCAGUACAAGCUCAUGACACUCAUGUUUGCCGAACCUUUCCGUCGUUCGAUAAGCACCUUGCUUUCAGAGUACUUCACCGGUUGCGCCGUGGACUUUUGUCUGGAGUGGACGUUCACGAAGCACGGCAAGCCGUCGUACAGCGUACGAUGUACUCUUGACGGACAAAAGUACCUGGCCAUCAAAGCUGUAGCGACUCCAACGUCAAUCAAGGACGACGACCUAUUCUGGAAGUGGACAAAGUUGCAGCAUGAUAACCUGUUGUCGAUUUUCGUAGUUGCGGUCGACAUUCCAGCUGCAAAGGUAUUUCUGGUAACAGCUCUCCCAGAGGACAACCUGGACCGCUUCGCCAGCCAACUUUCCGCCAAACUUCUUUGCAUUCAAGAAUUCUUCCUGUGGAAAUUCCUCGCCCAGCUGUGUUCAGUCAUCCAAUACAUUGAAUCAGCGGGCCUCGUGUGCAGCAGUUUCGACUGCACCAACAUCCACCUUGGCCAUGCCAACGUCAUCUUGAACAACAUGCUGACGUGGCGCAACAAGAAGCUGGACCUCUGCAACAUGCCCGAGGUGGUCCGCAACGUCGUUUUUGGCAGCGAAUCUUGCUGCCAACAGUUUCUGGACACGCUGAGCGGCGCACGCAACACCACAGUUUCCCUCGGCCUCGUCAUGUGCCAGUUGAUUCACCUUGCCCUGCGCAAACAAAUUAUCGAGGAAGAAAAACGUGUCCAGGAGCUCCACUGUUUCUACAGCGUCGACUUGGCGCUGAGUCCGUCGACGUACAGCGAAGAGCUUUUGAACACUGUUGCCGAACUUUAUCAGCUGCCUCAGCCGUCGCUGCAGGCGGUGGAGAAAAAGGCUGCCGAAGUGAUGGCGGAGAUUUCGAGACAUGCGGGAAGCGAUCCCACAACCGCAACCUGAACGAUCUUAUAAAAUAUGGAUAUUGUAAAAUAGAAAUUACAUCAACGUCCGUUCAUAAAGGACUCUAAAAAAAAAGUCCUAGCUUGAAUACAUCAUUAAACUUAUUUACUUGAA